GGUUUUAUAACAUAAACAUUUCACUUAAAAUACUAGACAAGAUGACCUACAGGGCGUGUCUUGUGGCUGUCCUGACAAUACUGGCAGCAGUGGACGUUAGGUGCCGUCCACAGAAAGCUGAGAUCAGGUUGAGAAACCUAGCGCGGACGUCCGAUCUGAUCGAGCUUCAGUGCUCUAUCGAGGGCAAGAUUGAUGACUUUAGACGUGCCAUGGGUUUAACACUGUUUAAAGUCGGGAGUCUAGAGGACCUGGCCUAUGCCUACCCAAACAGUGAGGCAGAAGGACCCAACAACAGGACCAGUGUGAAAGGUCAACUCAGUGGAACUAGCGGUUACCUGUCAGUAUUAAUUGCAGAGAUAGAUGAGGAAGACGAGGGCGAAUACACCUGUAUCUUUGAAUACAAGGACAGAUCAAACAAGGCGCAAGAGUUGAAUUCAACAAUCAACAUCACUUAUGAACCUACAAUGGCUGCUGUUACUGCAUUCAACUCAUGUGACUGUGAUGCUUUUCAAGAUGCUAUUACCAUCAUACGAGGAGAGAUUAACGGUCUAACAGAGAAAAAUAAACAACUAACCUCAAGGAUCGAACGACUUGAAUCUAAAGGUCCUACUGUCCAUGUGGGUACCGGACUGGAAACUAUUGAUGACACCUGCCGUGUGUCGUUCACCGCCCGCUUUGAGACGAGAAAAGGUUACGUCAUCUUGGGUGAGCAGACGGCUCAGUUCGACUCUGUCGUCAGCAACAAGGGCGACGCCUACGACACAACCACCGGCACCUUCACAGCUCCAUGCAACGGCCAGUAUUUCUUCAGUGUGACACUCCGCUCACACCAAGAUUUAGACAGCGGCUACGUUGAUGGUGUCAUUCAGGUGGAUGGCGUGGAGAAGGCCCGUACCUCAGUCUACAUCAACGCCCCCAUAGAGAACUACCAAAGCGCCACCAACGGGGUGGUCCUGACACUGGAGAAAGGUCAGAAGGUCAACGUGCUGAUCAAGACAACCAGCAGUGGCGAGUUUGUUGGCGAGGGCUACUCUACCUUCUCUGGUUUCUACAUCUCGCCCUAAUCUCGUCACCCCGAGAGUUGCCCGAGAACACAACCCAGCAACAAAACGAGCACUGGCUAAAUUGUCGCAACCCUCCAGAAACGUCAAAAGCUUACCCAAGUGAUUAUAACACGUAUUUAACGUCAUUACGUUACACAUUUGCCUCGCUCUGGGAGACAGGACCGGCAACAAUAAUAGAAAUAGACAAUGAGUGAUGAUUUAAUUUCUUUAUUUUGAUGUGAAUUGUGUUUUGUCAUAAAUAUUAUUUAGCACAUUUAUAAUCUCAUUUAUAUAAUUUCAACUUCAAUAUAUUUCGCUUCGUUUAUAUCAUA